GUCACGGGCAGCCUCCUUCCGUCUGUUAAAUUUGUGCAUUCCGCAUUGAGACACCAACCAUCGCUCCCAAAUGCUUAGUCAGGCUUGUAAUGGCAGCCCGGAUUUAGAAGAAAAUUUUAAAGACGGGAUCGAAGUGUGGGAUGGGAGACAUGGUUAAAGUAAGAAAAAAAUUCAAUGGGACGACAGAAGACAGGGGACAGACGACAAAAAAAGCAAACGCAAUGGACUCUGUGGAAUUCCGCAAAAGAGGAAAGGAAAUGGUGGACUUUAUAGCUAACUACAUGGACACAAUCGCAGAGCGAAGGGUCACCGCAGAAGUAGAUCCAGGAUAUCUGAGAAACCGACUCCCUGGAAAGCCUCCGAGGACAGGGGAUAAGUUUGAGGACAUCAUGAAUGAUGUCGAGAGAGCAAUUAUGCCGGGUAUCACCCAUUGGCAACACCCGAAUUUCCACGCCUACUUUCCCGCGGGUAACUCCUAUCCCUCCAUCCUUGGUGACAUGCUUUCGAACGCCAUUGGCUGCGUAGGCUUCUCAUGGGCAGCAAGCCCCGCCUGCACAGAGUUGGAAACACUCGUUUUGGACUGGAUUGGAAAAACGAUCGGUCUGCCGAAACAGUUUUUGCAUGAAGAAGGGACAGGUGGAGGAGUAAUACAGGGUUCGGCUAGUGAGUGUGUUUUCGUUAUGUUGUUAGCUGCUAGAUACAAAGCCAUGAAAGAACUCAAGAAACGAUUGCCGUAUAUCGAAGACGGUGUGCUUCUAUCCAAACUCGUCGCCUAUUCAUCAAAGCUGGCUCAUUCUUGUGUAGAGAAAGCUGGAAUGCUGGGGUUUGUCAAAAUGAGACAGCUGGACGUGGAUGUAAAUUACUCUUUGAGAGGACAUGUUCUGGAACGUGCAAUAGAGGAAGACCGUAAGCUCGGACUGAUUCCAUUCUUUGUCUGUGGUACUCUCGGCACCACGGCAUGCUGUUCCUUUGACAAUGUUGCGGAGUUGAGUGAGGUCUGUUCCCGGGAAAAUGUUUGGUUGCAUCUGGACGCGGCUUACGCAGGCAACGCUCUCAUUUGUCCGGAGUUCAGAUUCCUCAUUCAUGGAAUACAGAAUGUUACGUCAAUCAACUUCAAUCCUAAUAAAUGGCUGUUAGUCAACUUCGAUUGUUCUUUAUUAUGGAUCAGUGACAAGAACUUGUUGACUUCGUCUAUGACAGUCGAUCCACUUUAUUUGCAGCAUAAACACGAUGACAAAACUGUGGAUCUACGGCACUGGGGAAUUCCUCUAAGCAGACGAUUUCGAGCUCUGAAGAUUUGGUUUGUUUUACGAACAUACGGCAUAGAAGGACUUCAAGAUCAAAUACAUCAGCACAUCAAGUUGGCGCGACUUUUUGAGACUUACGUAAAGAAUGAUGCCCGAUUUGAAAUCCUUGGAAAGGUUACCAUGGGUCUCGUAUGUUUCCGAUUAAAGGGACCAAACUCUUUAACAGCGAAACUUCUACACAUGAUUAAUGAAUCAGGGAAAUUGCACAUGGUGCCGGCGCUUCUCAAUGAAAUAUACGUCAUACGAUUUGCCAUUUGUUCACAAAAUGCCAGGGAUGAGGAUGUCGAGUUUGCAUGGAAAAUUGUAUCGAAUGAGGCUAGUUCUUUAUUGAUGGAAAGAGAAAAUAUUGAGAAUGGCAUAUGUACUGAAAAGGUUGGCGAUGGUGACCAGAAAAACCCCGAUAUCGAUGACGUAUUCCCAGAUUUUGAUGACGAAAUCAUUUUUGAUCAACAAAAAAGCAACCUGCAUCGUGCACGCCUGCGACGAAGUUUGUUUAUGCGCAUGGUUUCUGAUCCAAAGUGUUACAACACUAAGGUUCUGAAGGCUCUUUGUGUCGAUAAAAAGAGGACUAGAAGCACACCCUCUGAGAACUCUACAGAGCUAGAUUAUGACACGUAAUUUGUUGUUAAAACGAUUUAUUAUUAUAAAAAAAAACAAUUUUAGAGUUAGAAAAAGCAUACUAUUUUUGUUGUUUUUAUACCAUUUUCACGUGUCGACUGUCGGAAUUCCAGUUACUUUAUCAUAGUGUUAUCAUAGAGUUACAAUAUUUUUCAGUGAAAAUAAAUUAAUCUUAUAAAUGCGUGCAUGUAAUCAUUAAAAAGAAAUUGUUUGAGUUUGAGAAAAAAAAAUCAUUCAUAAUAUAUGUGUAUACCGUAUAAGGUUUUAGCUGGAUGCUAGUUUUGGCUUAUUUUAGCGGUUUGGAAAUUUUAAUCUCUGACAUAUGUGUGUACCUUUUAAAAAGGGGUAUUAUUUAUAAAAUCCACAUUAUUAUGAAUUCCACUUUAAAACAAUUACUGAAAUUUAAAGCUAUAUUUAAACACUAUAUCAUCAGUGUUGCAAAAAAUUUAAAAUAUGUUAAAAAAUAUUAAAAUAUACCAUGUAUAAUGAUAAGUACUAACAUGUGAAAUGAUUAAAAUUGUUGUAAUCAAAUGAACUAACAAGUUUGCAUUAAGCAACAAAAUGAGUAGGUGUUUCACAGAACUCUUUACAAAAGAAAAAAUAGAGAGGAUCAAUAGUGACCAAAUCCAUUUCAAUGGGGAUUGUUUAAAAAUAUUAGAAUUAUAAUUUGAUAUUUAGAAAAGCUGAAUAGGCUUAAUGCUAAAAAGGUAAAAACAAUUAACUUACGACAAGUUAGUAUCUUGUUACAACGAGUUAGUAUCUCAUUAUGUGGUUUUAUUACUUUAUUUGUGAGUCCUCAUGGGUUGUAGCUUCGUAUUUUUAGAUGUUAUUACAUGUGUUGUCUCCGAGUUUAUGUGUAGAAA